AUCACGCGCUGAUCAAAUCAUGGGCAAAUCUCAGUCGAGACGCUGCUGCCUGUGCGUACUCGCUUUACUGUCCUCUGUUGCAAUUAUCCGCAUUUGCAUAAUUUUAGCAACCAAACAGAGAUGCGCCUUCACAAACGCUGCUGUUGCUGCGGACUCUCUCAUGUGCUCCGAUGUCGGAAGGGACAUGCUGGUUCAGGGGGGCUCGGCAGUGGACGCAGCCAUCGCAGCGCUGCUCUGCACUGGACUGGUCAACCCACAGAGCAUGGGCUUGGGUGGAGGGGCCAUCUUUACCAUCAUGGACAAAACAGGCAAAGUGAAAAUCAUCAGCUCAAGAGAAACGGUCCCAAAAAAUGUCAGAGCGGAUUUGCUGAAUAAGUGUUCGAAAAAACUGGCGUUUGAAACAGGAAGUCACUGGAUAGGCGUACCAGGAGAAAUCCGUGGCUAUGAACGGGCUCAUCAGUUGUAUGGAAAGCUGCCCUGGGCCAAACUGUUCGAGCCCUCCAUCAAGCUUGCACGAGAGGGAUUCCCCAUGCCAGUCUUCCUCUGUCAAUUUUUGCAAAUGAUUAAGCAGACAAAUUAUAGCGAACAGCUCAUUUACGACUCUGGACUCUGUGAACUGUUCUGCCACAAGAACAAGACAUUUUUUGGCCCAGGGGACAUCCUGAAGUUCCCCCGGCUUGCAGAAACCUUGGAAACUAUUGCCAAAGAAGGAGCCGAUGCCUUUUACACUGGAAAAAUCGCCAAGGAUUUAAUACAGGAUGUACAAGCGAGAAAUGGAACAUUAUCAUUAGAAGAUCUGAGCACUUUUAAGGUCAGAGAGAGUGAUGCGUGGACAGUCCAAAUAGGAGACUAUAAGAUGCACUUCCCUCCUCCACCAGCAGGGGGAGCGAUACUCAGCUUUAUCCUGAAACUAAUGCAUGAGUUCGGGCUCUCUCCAGCCUCCAACCAUGGAGACCAGAAAACCUUGACUUUGCAUCGCUUCCUAGAGGCGGUUAAGUUUGCAAAUGGACAGAAGUGUAACCUCAAAGACCCCCUCUUCAACUCCAAUAUGACGUACAUCACAGAUGAGAAGUUCAUCCAGAGUAUCAGGGCUCUGAUCACUGACCGCCACACGCACGACCCCUCUUACUACAACAUCGCCCCAUCAGUCGACCGCUUUGGCACCACACAUGUUUCAGUGAUGGCAGCAGAUGGCACUGCUGUUUCAGUCACCAGCACCAUCAACCACAUGUUUGGGUCAGCUGUUUACUCUCCUAAAACGGGUAUCAUCCUCAACAACGAGCUUGCUGACUUCUGCGGCCGAGCAGAUAACAUCAAACCAGGUGAAGAUCCUUCUCCAACUAUAUCUUAUAACAUUUUGCAUGUCUUGAGAUUUCAUGUCACCAUAUUGUCUUUUGCUCUCUCUCUCUCUCCAGGCGAACAGCCUCCCUCCUCGAUGGCUCCUGCCAUCCUGCAGUCGGUGUCCCAGCAGAAGACUCUGGUGAUUGGUGGAUCAGGAGGAAGUAUGAUCACCACAGCCAUGGCCCUGUCCAUUAUGAACCACUUGUGGUUUGGGAUGAACCUUAACGAAUCUAUCGCUGCUAAAAUAGUAUUUGUGGACACCAACAAUAAUCUCAACUUUGAGAAAGGAUACAACGAAUCCCUUAUUAAGGCAAUGAAGGCGCUCGGACACAAAGAGAAGCACAACUCAUACUUUUUCAAUGUGGUCAAUGGCAUAUCGAAAGAAGGACAGUGCAUCAGUGCCGUAUCUGACGCCAGGAAGCACGGCAGGUCGGCGGGAUACUGACCCUGCCUCUGUUUGUGCCGUCAGCUGUUAGAGAUGUGGUGAUUCAUCAGGUUCGGGAGGAAGUGAGGUUGGAAGCAAAGGGUCAGCGCUCCCUUUCAGCGACGCCUGUACACAUCAUAAAUUCAAACGCGGGGUGAUUGUGCACUGGGGUGUACGCUGUUACCGUCCAUGUCCACUUUUUUUGGACUCUUACAAAAGAGAAUUACUGUAAGAUUUGGGUGCAAAUGAAUAUGUCUUGUAUGGAUUGGGAAGACCGGGGCUAGUUGUCACGUGGAGGAAGUUGAUCACAAGGGCAAUAUCUCAGAAACCCCAUUGUGAUACGUUUAAACAAG